UGGACAGUAAUAUUCAGUGCGGACCAUUGAUUCAGCUAGGUUAGGGUGUUCGUUCACAAAAAGCUUUAUGGGUGCCACAAAUAGACGAAGAGGCGGCGACCAACGGAAACGUGUUGUCGAGGCUACACCUAACGUACGACAAAAUAACAUCAAAAAUAAUGAUGUGGUCAGUAUUCCACAAGAUGAGCCCUGGACUCCAGGAAGCUAUGCUGCUUUCAAAAUACUGAUGUCUGCACGCUUAUGUGCUGCCCUGUGGACUGGAAUUUCUGAUUGUGAUGAGACAUACAAUUACUGGGAACCUACUCACUACUUAUUGUUUAACAAAGGUUUCCAAACAUGGGAAUACUCUCCAUCUUAUGCCAUUCGUUCCUAUGCUUAUUUGACGCUACAUGCUUUUCCAAUGAAAAUCUAUGCUUUUAUCAAUGUAAAUAAGAUAUUUUUAUUUUAUUUCCUGAGAUGUAUCCUUGCCAUUGCAUGCUCUGUAACAGAGCUAUAUUUUUAUAAUGGAGUAUGUAAGCUGUUUGGUGCCAAAAUUGGACGUUUGAUGCUAUGGUUUAUGUUGUUUAGCACAGGGAUGUUCAUAUCCUGUUCAUCUUAUCUUCCCAGCAGUUUCUCUAUGUAUCUUACUAUGGUUGCUAUGGGAGCCUGGUAUCAGAAGUCUUACCAUUUUGCUAUUUUGUCUGUUGCUGCUAGUGCCUUCAUUGGCUGGCCCUUUUCAGCAGUCCUUGGGAUACCCAUUGCUUGUGAUGUUCUCAUGAAAAAGAAAAUAAGUUAUUUUAUCUACUGGUGUUUUGUUGCUCUGCUUCUUUUUUUGCUCCCUGUGGUUGUUAUUGACAGUUAUUAUUAUGACAAAUUGGUUAUUGCUCCAUUGAAUAUCCUCCUUUAUAAUAUUUUCACUGAACACGGACCAGAUAUUUAUGGAACAGAACCAUUUACUUUCUAUUUUCUCAACGGCUUCCUAAACUUUAAUAUCGCAUUUUUGUUGGCCCUCAUAUGUCUUCCAAUAGCAGUUGUGGCAAAAUUUAUAUGCAAACAGUCAAAGAAUUCAGAUAUUCCUUUGUGGUUGUCAAUGGGUCCCAUGUUUAUUUGGAUCAUCAUAUUCUUUACAAGACCUCAUAAGGAAGAACGUUUUCUUUUUCCGAUCUACCCAUUUUUUGCCCUUGGUGCUGCCAUUUCAAUCACCUACAUGGAGGAUAUAUUUUGUUCAUUGUUCUCGUCCAAGAAGUUUUCAUCCUCUGACAGUUACCAUUUUCUCUCAGUAAUUUGUGCUGCAAUUUUCACUGUUCUUUCCGUUUCCAGAACUCUGCAGCUUUAUCAAGGUUAUCAUGCUCCAAUGGAUAUAUAUCUGGAACUGAAUCAGAUUGCCAGCAAACCAGAAAUCCAUACUAUGUCCACAGAUAAACAAGUCAAUGUCUGUAUGGGUAAAGAAUGGUAUCGUUUUCCAAGCAGUUUUUUUCUUCCCCAUAACAAUUGGCAUUUACGCUUCAUAAAGUCAGAAUUCAAAGGUCAGUUACCCAAACCCUAUUAUCAAGGACCCGAUUCAACUUCGACAAUCCCUUCACACAUGAAUGACAUGAACAUGGAAGAACCAACCCGCUACAUUAACGUAAGUAAGUGCCAUUAUUUGAUAGACCUGGAUGUGCCUACAGAAACCAAACUGGAACCAAGAUAUUCCAAAAAAACUCAGGAGUGGAAAAUUUUAGUGUCAUCAAAAUUUCUAUAUCCACAACAAUCCCACCGAAUAUUCCGAGCAUUCUACAUUCCGUUUAUUUCCAGUGAUUACUGUACAUAUCACAACUAUAACUUGCUGAAAGCCAUACGUCCAACACGACCCAGUAGCAAUCGAGAACAUUUAUAGUCGGCCUCUUCAGAUGGUCUGCUCCCUCUCUCCCCCUCUCUCUCUCACUCUAUCUCUUCACUGAUGCCCCUUUCUAGCCAGAGAACCAUUAAUUUUUCCAAACAAUUGUUAGUAAAUUACAAACCAAACUCUACAUCAUGUCUUACAGUAAUUAACUUUCUCUGUUCUAUAUUUGAGAGAUGAGGAAUUAUGUACAUUAUUUACAUUUGAAGGAUAUUUGUCCUCAUCUUGUUUGUUGUUAACACAACGUUUCAGCUGAUAUACCCUGCAGCCUUCAUCAGGUGUCUUGGGGA